GAGAAGUCGAGCUGUGAACAACAUGGAGAGCACGGAAGUUUGAUACUGACUUUUCCGUUUGUCAGACUUUGUUUUGACAGUCUGAGUUACAUACGAUUCAUUUAAAUCCCUCAACGAGCUGGAGGUGCAUAAAGGAUGGAUAAAGGAAAGUGAAAGCUGUGUUUUUAGACGCUAACGUCAGCUUCCUGGCGGAUAUUGAGCAUGUCUCUUCUUCAUGCUGUCGAUGAAGCUGUCAAGAUGUGCAAAGCUGAAGAAUCAAGACUCACUGAAAACAUCCGACAGUGCAAGGAGAUUUUACGCUCAAUGAGAACCUGUGUGACAGAAACUAGUGAGCUGGAAACUGCAGCAGCCAUCGGUACUAAAGAUGCAGAUAUUCUGCCUGAAGAAAAACAAGAAAUUGAAUUGUUGGAGCAGGUUUUAAAAAAAGCACUAAAAAUCCGCAGCACAUCUGAGGCUCAUAAAGAACUUCAACCUGACAGUAAACAUCCUAAUGAGAGAAAAAAUAAAGCACUCAUUAAUUAUACUGCUAAAGAGGAAGAUAAAAGAAAGCUGGUGAAAUCUGUCCCUCUCUCUGAGACGUACAAAAAACCCAUUCAUCACGGACGGGCCGGAGGGACACGGCCGGUUCUGGUCCUGAAGGGGCCGACCGUUCAUCCGGUAUUCAAUGGAAGGCCGUCAGUCCCAAAGAGCGCUUCAGCGAAGAUCUCUUCCACACGAUCCCAGCAGAAGAUGUGUGUCAAAGCCAUAAAUGCUAAAGAGUCAUCUGAAGAUAAUUUCCCAUCAGUCUCUUGCCAAGAAGUAUCAGCAUCUGGUAAAGAUGGGAAAGUCACAACAGGAAGUGUGCAGUCUAAGGAGCAAUGGAUACCAUCUCAUUUGUUACCAGCUUGGCGAGCACAGAGAACAAAACAGAAGCGAUUGUGGAAGAAAGUGUUAACCCAGCAAUCAAAGCCAGUACCAGAGAGAACCAAAUUCACAGAGAAACUGCGAGACACUUUCCCGUCCGAAUUGCCUUCUGUAUGUCCUGCUGAUAUCAUAACAGAGCUGGACGUGCUUACACAGCGCUGUCUUGACCUGACGCACUGCUUCAACGCAGAGCUACAGGCCCAGAAGGACUCAGAUUCAGGGACCUUGCGUGAGAGAGAAUAUGAGUCCUUGCAGAUGCUGGAGGGUUUGGAGAGGAUGACGGCAGAACUUAUUGCGUGUGCUGAUCAUCGGAAGAAAGACUGGGAGAGGUGGGAUAUGAGGAUCUCUGGAGCUUUGUGUCCCGUCCGGAGGAGAGGUGAAUGGGGCGACCCGGCCUGUUCCUGCCUGCCGCCCAUCCUGUCGUACAGCAGUGAGGCUGAACUGAGAGAGUUGGAAAGCCAAAGGCUUAGAGUAGAACAACUUCUGCAGGCCGUUCGUCUUCAACAGGCGAUGUCUGAUAGCCUUGCGUCUCACUGGAGCUCUGGUCCCGGAUCCGCUGGACCCAGUGCCGUGGUUCUGCGUGGCUUGUACUCGCUGCUGGCGGAGGGAGGGGUUCAGUUCCCAUCUCUGGUUUUAGAUUCAGAGUCAGACUGAGCAAAAACAAGACUGUAUUUCAGGGUUAGUGGACUGAAUUCCCUGAAGAACAGCAGGGAAGUUUUUCUGCGAACUGACACAAAGCCGUUAUCCAGAACUCUUCUCCUGCGAAAAACUGUAAGCGUGUUCUGCAUGUGCAUUUGGCUACAUCGGUCACGUGACUGGAGAGUGCAGCUGCUGCUAAGAAACUCAAAUAAAGCUUCCAGCUGACGUCUCUCGUGAUCCGUGAGUCAGGAUUUCAUUUCGUGUCAUGCCCCUCCAUCCCGCAUAUAUUAUUUGGCUCUCUGAUGAGUUCUUCCUGUUUGAAUUCAUUACUCAAUGCGCCAAACCACUGGCAUCUUUUGAAUACGAGUAGCAUGUGUCCUGCUGAAGCCUGUGGUGUGGUGUUUGUGCCAGCAGAGGGUGAUGUGUUGUUAAUGCUGUCCUGAAUGUCUUCCAGAGCUGCUAUUGACAGCAUGUGUGGCAUGACGUCUGUUAGGACAGAAAGUCAUUUAGACUCGUCCCUCAGUUUUGUUUGAAAACAAACAAAAGUUGUGUUUACAUCAAUGCAAUUCCGUAUAAUGAACAUCUAAACACUCUGGAGCCACGUCGUACAUACAAAAAUGUGUGUUAAGUGUCUAAAUCAUGCUUUUAGGGGUGAAUCUGGAGUUGUAGGUGUUACUGACGCAGUUCCUGUGUUUAGAUUUGCGUCUAUGCAAACAGUCUAGUCUGGUAACCUUGUACACCGUACAAGAUUUGGAGGCCGAAACUCGAUGUUUUAUGUGGAUUGUUGCAAUGAAAAUUUUGCUGCUGCUGGUUCAAGUACAGACUUUAGUCAGCGUAGCACCAUAUUUCAUUUUUGACAGGCAUGUAAAUGAGGCCGUGAGGGAUAGAAGUACAGUGUGUUCAGUGGACUGUUCUGUUGUUUAACAACAUAACGAUUGUUCAGUUGAUGAAAUGUCUUUCCUUAAAAAAAACACUAGAAAAAAACUCCAGUUUUGAAAGUUGUGGGUUGUGAAUAUUACAUGAAGUCUAUCCUAACCUGACUAAGGUCUGUAUUAAAAGACAUUCAGUUGAUAUAAUUUAAUCAAGCCAACUGAACAUUUUAAAUGCAGAAAGUCAACAUAAAAUUGAGUUUUGGUCUCCAAAGUCUUUUAUGGUGUACAUACAGCAUAAUGUGAAAGUUAUAAUGUCACAUGGUCAGGAGAGGAAUUUAAUAAUUGCAUGUAACUUUGCACAGAUAUUAGUAUUUUUCAAUAAGGUUAGUACGUUUUGUUGCAAUAUUUCUGAACCUGUGUAUAUUUUAAUGUUUCUCGGUGCCUUGACUUGCCCAAUUCACUUAAAUGUGUCCUUUGAGCUUAACUUCGGUCCCAUGUUUUUAAAAAAAACUAAAAAAACUUUUUACA